AUGGCCCCGAGAGGCAAUUUAAACCCGAGAACGGUGGUCGCACCUCUGGCAGCCUUCACGAUGGCCUGUCUCCUCUUCACGUACACGCGGUCGUCCAUCCGUACCGCUAGGGAGCAAGCUCUGAUAUGCUGGGCGUCGCAUAGGGUGGACAAGCUCUUACCAAUCCUACACCGCAGCAGCCUACAUGUUAACAAAAUCACCAUCAAGUAG